GGAGUGCACCCUACCGGGUUUAUGGUAAUUGCGGUUCCCCGACUGGCCUUCUGGGUAGAGUCUGCGAAUCGGAGCCAGUCGCGCUCUCAGCUUUCAUUCUCCGCGGCACGCUCGGAGACAGCAGUUGCAUAGUUGACUCCGCUGUGCGCCCCGCGUCUGGAUAUCGCGUGUCGAAAGCCAGAACAAAGACACUCAUUUGCAACGCGUAUUCGCAGGACGCGAGAAUGAUCUGAAAGAUGAGCGCGGCGAGUUCUACGAUUUUGUUGGCGUGCUCUCCUUUUUGACGCGUAACAACGAACCCGCAGAGUUUCGCGGCGUGCUCGUCGUCUGCCCAGCACAACAUGGCGCUGCGAGGCAUUAGCAGACUGAAUUAGUUUGUCCGCCGGAGUCCGGGGGAUCCUCGCCACCUGUGCGCUUGCUCGACUCGCACCGAAGUCGUCCUCUCUCCGGACAAAAGAGAAGGUUACGCUUGGCUCUGACCGAAAUCAGAAGAUGUGCGUGUUCCACUCGUACUCGGCACAGCGUUCUGUGAGUGGAUAUUCAAAAAGUAUCUGGAUACUCUGAAGUUCCGUGGACUUUCCCCAGUAAAAGAAGGACCUACAAUUUCGGUCUGACUCGAAACAGUCAGUCCGAGUUCAAAAAUUCGUCGUGAACCCACGUUUAAUUCCAUUUAAGUCGGAUAUUUGCAUGUCUGAGACAACUGUCGCGGUCUGUCCUUUGUGAGUUAAAAUAAGGGGAAAACACUGUCUGUGCUGAACAGCCGUUGGAUUUACCAAGCCUUUUCAUUCUGGUAAUUGUCCAAAAGGGAUGGUGAUGAACAGAAAGUCCAGUACGAACUAAUCAAGAAAUACAAGUCAUCAUUCAAAGCAUGGUGGAUGCAAGUGCAGCCUGCAGAAUGAACCCCCUGGCAGCGCUUGGCAUUGAUCGGAGCAGCCUGAUGCGGGAAAAUCUCCAUGUUCAUGGGAGCAUGGUUUAUCCACCAGGAAUUCGGACCUUGCAGACAGAGAAGAGCUACGUCGGAGACCGCAUCCCAGACUUACUCUACAAACCCGAUGUGUCGCUGGACAGCAGGAAGGCCACCAAUGGUUACGUAGGACUUUAUAAAAGCCCCCCACCAGGGAUUCAGAAGCCACUGGUUGUGCCAGGGACUGGGACAGACACCCUGGGUUUGGAUAGGCACGUAGGACCCGUGGAUAAACCCUCAGAGCUGGGCUUAAACGGCGGCAGCGGCAGCUACCUGCGUCUCCCGUGGGUGAGCCCUUACCACGACGCUGGAAUGUACCCCUUUCUAGAUUCCACCAAGUAUGCCGCUCUGAACAUGUACAAAGCGUCGUUCAUGUCACAGCCUUCGCCCUACCUGCCCCAACACCUUGCCUACCAGUCACUUUGUGCCGGGGCAGGAGGCAGCGCAGCAGGUGCUGAGCGCUUGUUCUACAUGCCCCCUUACCCACCAACCCCUAUUUCCUCUCCGCUUCCCCCUCCUCUGAGGAUCCCGACUGCCACGGUAGCUCCUGCGGCACUUUCUCCGCUGGUGCACCACCAGGACAAAACCUUACAGAGCAUCGGGCCGAGGAUUCACCACGACCCUUCCGCAUUCGGGCAGCAACCCUUACAUCAACAGACCCAGUCUCAUCACCAGCCGCAGAACGAGAGGCAGCACCCGAGCAGCGGGAGUAUCAGUGGCGGCGGCGGCAGCAAAUCCAACCGAACCCCUUCCAGCAAGAGCUCAACCAGUCACAGCAGCAGUAUCAGCAGUACCAAUAGCAGCAGUACCAACACCUGUGUAACCAGCAGCUCCAGCGUGAGUAUCCCAGUAGACUCGAGCCCUUCUCUGGUGAUGCAGGCACCCCGCUCCGCCCCGCGCCCCUCCCAGCCCCCGGGUGCUCCCCCGCCACUUGUGGACAGCACUUCAGACUUUCAGAAGUCUGUCUUUCGGAGUCCUUCGUCCUCGUUGUCCUCCUCCUCUUCUCCGGCAGUCUCCCACCCCUUCUACCUGUCUCAGGAACAUCGUUCCCCAAUAAGGCCAGCCAGUCAAAAGCCCAAGUGUAAAGAAGGGAGCUCAGAGCAGCACAGGGCUGGAGGAAAUGAGAGGAAAGGCUGCAGCUCGCCUGCGAAAACCUCCACCGAGAAGCCCACACAGCAGGGGGCCCCUACCAAAGACCCAGCAGACAAGCCUUUAGACCUGUCCGCCAAAAUCAUGGACUUUGAAGGACCGCCUAACGGAUUCCCCCCUUCAAAAUUAGAAGCUUUGGCAAAGCUGGGCUACUCCCCCAGUUCUCGUUAUGGACUCCCACCAAGCAGAGAGCUUCUGAAGGAGACUCUGUCCCCAUCAUCCUCCACCGUCAGCACUUCUUGUAAAACACCGGAGAGGCCCGAGAUUAUUAGCACUUUACCCUCCUCCUGGGUGGUACCCAGCACAGCCCAGGCGCUCAGCUCUGAGUCCAACCACAUCAAAGGUUCUACGGUUAUCAAAAACAAGAAUCUAGACCAUGUAAUCCCGCAGCCACGGAGCUCCUCCUGUCCACGGAUUGGCGAACCCAACAGUGGUGCCGUCCCCAAUCCUGCUCCCGUUGUUGUGACUUCAGCAUGCCGACCAUCGUCAGCCUCCCCAUCCCCAAAGGUUAAUGGGGAUUGGCCCAAGUCUACACCAACUCCACCGGAUAAGCCACCACCCACUAAUCGGGGAGGUGGUCAGCCGUCAGCCUCAAAGCCUGCAAAGACCCCUAAAAAAUCUGAAACACCUGAAAUUGGCUUCAAACCCCAGCAGCCUCACAUAGAAAAUGGACAUCCUCCCAGUCACCUCUACAUGGCCCAAGGUGAAAGCUACUUGCCCACCAGCUUAGCAUAUGCCAACAGGUACCUCCCAUAUUCUGUUCCGGAGAGCAUGUCCCUCCCACACCUGCCAUUGUCCAGCAAAGGCCCGGUGUACCCUCACCCAGUCCUGCUGAGCAACACUGGCCUGUAUUCCACACGCAUGCCUCACAAGCCUGCCCUUCCAUAUGGACUCCCACCCAGUCAUGGAGACUAUCUAACCUACCACGACUCUCAAGAGAUGGUUCAUCCCCUGAUGUCUCCCCACUUGCCUCUCGACCCUAAAGUCAACGAGCGACUUGAACGGAGGUCCAGGCCUCAGGAGAAAACUUGGCAGCAUGAGGAGUCUCCGUACAAGCAGCAGAGCGCCUCUGACACGGACACGCGUUACAAACCAGAGAGGGAGUCAGAGGGGCCAGAAGUUCUGGGCUCCAAGCCUCCGAGCAAGCCUCACACAGCGAGCAAAGAGGAGAUCGUCUGCAUCGACCUGGCCCAAGACGACACAGAUGGCAGUCCUGAGCCAGACAAGUACAGCACCGCGUCUGCCAAGCAGAGAGAGCCCAGCAAGCCAGCCGGCAGCGGGACAGGCGACGGGACUGGGAGUGCUGGUAAUUCCGAAGGGAAGGCGCCAGAACUCAUGCAGAUCCUGCGCUCCAGCCAGCCAGUCGAAUCCAAGCCAGCUGAGCCUGACCGGCAGCCAGAGCCCCACAGCCCUCCUGAGACGCAGGAGAGGCCCGAGUCUCCCACGCAAAGCCAGGGCGACGAGGAGAGCUCCAGCGAGCGCAGCCCGCUGCCGCCCCUGCUGGAGGAGCAGACGCUGCGCUGCGCCAGGACCUCCGGGGACAGGGUUCGACCGGACGCUGCAGGCUUCAAAGCCGAUCGGCACCACGCCAUUCGACAGUACAUGGACCUGGGCAAGGGGCGACCGGAGAACGCAGAGUCCCACGAGGACGAGGACGACGGGCAUGGGUGCUCAAAAAGCAAGCGGUCCAGUCUGGCCAAGAGGAUAGCCAACUCGUCCGGCUACGUGGGUGACCGGUUCAAGUGUGUCACCACUGAGCUUUACGCGGACUCCAGUAAAUUGAGUCGGGAACAGCGCGCCCUUCAGAUGGAUGUCCUAGCUGCAGAGGACAGUAAUUUAAGUCAACCAGCAUCUAACUGUGAGCGUGCGAUGAUGCGGUUCUCAGAGCUGGAGCUGAAGGAGAAAGAAGGCUGCGCUUCGACGGCGGGGCUGGGCCCCGGGUUGAGCCGGGACAGGGAGCGCGAGAGGACUUCAGCAGACACCCAACACAGGGACACAGAGUGUGAGCGAGGUCUGCAGUGCACACGACCCCCGGCAGGGCGGACAGAGCAGUCAGAGCUGCACAAUGGUGCAAACCGGGUCCCCGUCCUGCAGCGCUGCGGCCCGCUCUCCAGUCUACCGCAUCGCCACGGUGACGAGAGGCGGCCGGCCCGAGAGCAGGGCCAGGGGCCUGUCGCUGCUGCCGCUGCCGUGGCAACGCCCAGGAAGCGCACACUAACCCAGGAGAUGAGCCAAGGCCACCCCGAUGGAGACCCCUCGGCUGAGGAGCGCGAGAGAGACGGGGAGAGCGAGCGAGCAAGGGAGAAGGAGAGAGACGAGGAAGACGACGCCCCGGCUAAAAGAGCCCGGCUGACGGCAGUCCUGCCAGGGGACGCGUGGCGCCAGCCGUCGGAGCAGGAGGUGAAGAACCUGAAGGUCUGCAUUGAGCUGACGGGCCUGCGGCUGAGCAAGCCACGCCAGCUCCAGAGCCUGCAGGAGCUGUGGGCGCGGCAGGGGGCGUUGCCCCACGGCAAGCCCCGGCCCUGCGGGCCCAGCCUGGGCCCCACCCCUGCCCCUGCCCCCUUCCUGCCUUCGGCGCCGGCCGGCCAGGCGCGGAGGGAACAGCCAGAACCCUGCCCCCCGGAGGCAGCCAAGGCCCCACCCUGCGCGGAGAGACGGAGCAAGACGGGCGGUGAGCCAGACAAAGGAGCGAGACACCGGGGGGAGGAGGAGAGAGGAUGGGGAAGAGAGACACUGGGAUACCCGGACGGAAACACAGCCGUUCCGGUCCUUUCCGGAGUCUGCUCCCCGGAUGCCUCCGCGUGUAAGCCCCCUCCGCUGCCCCCCUCCCGCCUCUCCGACAAGCGCCUGAGGCUCAAGGAACGCCGCAAGAGCAGCUCCUCGCCCUCACCUGACCCCGCCGAUGACCUUUCACCCCGGCUACGCUGCCACGGCGACCCGGAGAAGCCCAAGGGCAAACGGCAGUGCAAGACCAAGCACCUCGGCCAACGGGAGCUUAGGAUGAUCACGCCACCGGCCAAUGAGGAGUGCCCCGAACUCUGCCCCACCCACCCGCUCAAGGUCGUGAAGCGCUGUGCGCUGAAGCGUGCGGCCUCCCCCUCCGAUUACGAGCCGACCCCGGUUAAACCUCGCACCCCCUCCCCUGCCUCGCCCGCCGACCCCCCUUCGCCCCCUCCCCCGGCUUUGCCCGCCGUGGCGGCGUCGCUGGUGCCCUUGCCCACGCCGGUGCCCGCGGAGCCGCCCGCCAGCCGCCCCAUGCCCCCCGAGGCCCGCCGACUGAUCGUCAACAAAAACGCUGGCGAGACUCUGCUCCAGAGAGCAGCGCGCCUCGGCUACGAGGAGGUGGUGCUCUACUGUUUGGAGAAUAAGGUGUGUGAUGUGAAUCACCGGGACAACGCGGGCUACUGUGCGCUGCAUGAGGCGUGUGCGCGGGGCUGGCUCUCCAUCGUACAGCACCUGCUGGAGCACGGAGCCGACAUCAACUGCAGUGCACAGGACGGCACCAGGCCCCUCCACGACGCGGUGGAGAACGAUCAUCUGGACGUUGUGCGUCUCCUGCUGUCCUACGGCGCCGACCCCACGCUGGCCACCUACUCGGGCCGCGGCCUUCUCAAGAUGACCCACAGUGACCUCAUGGAGGGCUUCCUGUCCGAUUACUUUGCAGACCUCCAGGGUCGGCCAGAUGAUGACCCCAGUGUGUACUGGGAGUUUUACGGCAGCGCAGUGUGUGAGCCUGCGGAGGAUGCCGCUGCAUUCGACGUGCUGGCGAACCCACCCGGACCAGAUGAGGAUGAGGACGAGCACAGGGAGGUGUUUGAGUUUGAGUUCUCCGACCGCCCGCUGCUGCCCUGCUACAACAUCCAGGUGUCGCUCUCGCAGGGGCCCAGAAACUGGCUCCUGCUCUCCGAUGUCCUGAAGCGGUUGAAGAUGUCUGCCCGUGCGUUCCGCUCCGCCUUCUCACACAUCGAGGUGGUGACGAUCGCCGAGGCGGAGUUCUAUAAGCAGGCCUCCCUCAGCCAGCUCUUCUCCUGCCCGGAGGAGCUGGAGGCCUUCCUGCCAGACAGCAAGGAGCUCCUGGACCUGGUGGAGAUCAGCGCCGAGCUCGUGGCCCUGCUCGGAUCGUCUCUGGAGUACCUAGACGACCACUAGGAGCCCACCUAUAAACCCCACUCAUGAUGCCACACGCACCCCCACGAACAUCCGCCCUGCUUUCGGAAACUUGGAGUGGUGGAAAAUGACUGGGCAGGAAUUCCCAGUGCAGCGUUCUGGAUGUUCUGCACGAGAGGGAGAGCAUGGCGUCGCGACCAAACGUUCUGUCCGGCGCUGGAAGCGUCCCGGAGCUCCCUUUAAUGACCUUUUGUGUUCUCAUGCUCGAAGAGAUGACACACAAUUGUACAAAGUGUACAUAAUGAGAGAGAGAGAGAGAGAGAGAGAGCGAGAGCGAGAGAGAGAGAGAGAGAGAGAG